AUGUGUGUGUGGUUUGAAAAAUUCUGCAAUGUACUGAGUAGGUCAAGCAUUCACAAAGAUACAAGUUCUGACCAUUGGAUACGGAUCUUAUCUGGUUCCAUACUUUCAGUGUUGCCCAAUAUUUUCUUUUACAAGUGUUCGGUUCAGCGAGAGUUCUACAAAUUUAUUCAUUCCGUGCAUAAUUUCACGCCGAUUUCUAGCGUCAGCAACCGCAUUUGGUGGUUCACGUGUGAACCACAAACCAUUACCGUUAGAUAUAUCAUUAAAUAUUCAACGGUUCUGCUUCUUCACCGUGCUGAACCAGAAGUUGGAGCCGGUGUGAGAUUGCUCGAACUCCCACUCCACUGGAUCAAAAUCCGCAGUCACGGACCGUGGAAUGCAUAA